AUGUCUUAUACUCCCGAUACGAUUGUAAAUGUUGGAAAGUGCGCCACUACUGGGGUGGAAAUUUCCAUCUGCUACAACGCCUUUGGAGACCCCAAAGAUCCAUGCGUUCUCCUGGUAAUGGGCAUGACAGGUGUCGGCAUGCUCUGGCGUGAUGAGUUUUGUGAAAUGCUUGCAAGGAAUGGGUACUACGUGAUUCGGUACGACAAUCGUGACGUGGGCCUAUCUACACACCUGUCGGAUUUCCCCGGGCCGCAUGUGUUGCGCAUGGUGCUUCCACACGCGUUGUCGCUUGGUGAGCGCAAUCCGUACUCGCUGGAGGACAUGGCUGCGGAUGGAAUGAACCUCCUGACGACGCUCGGCAUCGAUGCGGCGCAUGUGGUGGGGUGCAGCAUGGGUGGCAUGAUUGUGCAACUCAUGGCGAUCCACUAUCCGACCCGUGUGCGGACUCUUACAAUUAUUUAUUCACAUACCAGCAACCCUGCACGGGUGAGGGAAGGUUGGAGAACAAAGCUGAGGUUUCUUGACAGGCCAGCCAGCUCGACCUUGGAGGAUUCAAUUGAAUUUAAGUGUUUCUUGAUGCGCCGCACGGCAGGGCCCAACUACCCUCCCGAUGAGGAGAAGACUCGGCAAUUUGUGAAACGGAUUCUGACGCGUGCAGCUGAAGAUCCCAUGUGUUUGCGUCGCCACCUCGCCGCAUGUCAACGGGCGGGAAGUCGCAUGGAGGCUCUACGAGAUCUGAAAACCCCAACGCUGGUGAUGCACGGCAUGGCGGACCAGACGAUUCCAUACCAAAAUGGCAUUGAACUGGCAACCGUGAUUGGGCGCUCAGCGAAACUGGUUCUGUUCCCGCUCAUGGAUCACUCCUUGCCGGAAGAGCUCUACGUCGACCUUGUGCAGGAGAUCGUGUGGAACACACGGCGAGCGAGUGCCAGCGCCUGA